AUGGCUAUUCGUUUGCCUUGUGUUUUGAGUGCAAAACACAUUCUUCGUCGAUCUAAUGCGCUUGCGAAUCAUGCAGCUCCAACAUCACAGGAUGUGCCUAAAGGGCACUUUGCUGUGUAUGUAGGAGAGGGUAAAAAGAAGAGAUUUGUGAUACCAGUGUCGUUGUUGAAUCAACCCUCAUUUCAGCAGCUGUUAAGUAUAGCUGAGGAAGAAUUUGGCUUCAUUCAUCCAAUGGGUGGCCUUACUAUCCCAUGCACUGAAGACAUUUUCCUCAACAUCACCUCUGCCUUUCAAAGGUUUUCUAUGCUAUUGGAUUUUGAGACUGCAUUGCAACCUGAUGGACUCUUCGAAUCCUUCACCAACCGGCAAAAGCAAUUGAGAUGGGGGCAUAUGGGUUAA